AUGCUCCUCAGGAACAGCCGGAGAAGUCUUUCUCUCCAUCACGCAACCGUUUUCCGACCCUCCCGACCGACACCAAGAUACCCAUUGACGACGAUAAAAGCAACCGAAAAAAGCAGACGACUUUUUGGCACACAGCAUGAUGGAAGGCCCACGCCGAGGAGAAACAGCCUGAGCGGUGGACGGAAUCUUGCCACCGCCGUUGACGACUACCAACCCAUCGAAAGCUCCAAUUACGACAGGCUGAAUAGCUCUGUGCUCCCAGCAUAUCAGAAUGCCUCGAGCCGCCCGAGAUAUCACGAGUUGCGCGCCUUCGAUCCCUCCUCGCCACUUGUCCUCCAAGAGUCCAACACAGCAUAUUUUGCCCGGUCAAAAACAAACACUAGCGGCGUUUCUGGAGAUGUCGAGGAAUUACUGCCGAUAUUCGAUGCUUGCAUCCGCGUUGGCAAAGUUGAUCGUGCAGAAAUGGUCCUUAAGCGCUUGAGUGCUUGCCAAGGCUUCCCCAGCGAAGACCUGAUUUUCCUUCACAACCGCUUCAUCCGAGCCUCCCUUGACCAGCUGCGUCUCCAUCCCAAUCGGAAUCAGGCCGAGAGUCUCCAUAAAUGGUAUGAGUUGUACAUCAAUAGCAAGGGCCUUCCUCAGACUGCUGAGACCAUCGCUUGCAUGCUCAAGGCCUCACUUCUUUCAGAACGAGAGUAUGAUAGACGUCAUCGAUUGGUCUCUCGCUACAUGAGGAUGGCGCCCGGCGAGGCGGGCUUGCAAGUUUUGUCCAUGGCAGAGAUCCUCAGCGACCAAGAUCUCGCAGUGAUUACGGAAAUUUGCCCGAUAUACAACCUUGCGCCAGAAGAAGAAACGGAUUCAAUCACCGAAACCAAGGAUGAGCCGGAUAUCAACGCUCAAGAAUCAAGCGAAACCCCGAGUUCCACUCUUGGAAAGCUUAUGCCGAAAGUCAUGGCCACGCCUCAGAAAGGCUUUGGACUGAAGAGUUUGAAGCAGACCUUGAGUCUCUUUGACGAAAUUCCUCAGGAAUGCGACAUCUCCACACUUCCGAUUCGCGAACGAAGAGAAAUCCAAGCCCGCCUCGAGCGCGACUGUGUCGAUGCAGCCGUCGAGCGAUGGCGCGAGGAGAACGAAUCUCUGCAAAAGAUGGGUCUCAAUACCUCCGUCUCCCACGCAUCACUCAACUCCCGCCUGUACGACUGGCAACUUGCAUUGGAGGCGCGACUGAAGGACGAAAUGGUCAAAAUCGAGGCAGCCGAGGCCGUGGCUAAGAAAACGCCUGAAGACUACGAUCGAUGUGUGUAUGGGCCAUUCCUCAGACUAUCUACGCCUAGCCGCCUUGCCGCGGUAACCAUCCUCAGCACCUUGAGCUCUACUGCUAUUACUGGUGUCGACCGCGGCAUGCCUCUCGCUGCCGCAAUCAGUGGCCUCGCAAAACUCACCGAAGAGGAUAUUCGAACUCAACUCGCGAGCCAGAAGGUGAAGAAGACCGCCAAGAGCAGAAAGGUGGUGAUGACAAAAUCUGCUCAGGGUGCAGACGAAACAUCAUCGAACAAGGCAACCAGCAAUACAUUGUUCAGUGACGAGCAAGCUAGGGACACCGCGCUUGCUGAUGCACCCUGGCCCCCUGCAGUGAAGGCCAAGGUCGGCGCGGCACUCCUCUCUGCUCUCCUUGACACCGCCAGGAUCAAAGUUGUGAAGGAACACCCCGAAACGAAGACCCUCAUCAGUCAGUUCCAACCCGCGUUUUCCCACGCUGUCCAGCUCAGGAAGGGCAAGAAGAUUGGUAUGAUCUUGCUCAACAAGGAGCUCGUCAGCAUCAUGAAGCGAGAACCCCAAGGCGACUUCCUGGCUAAGCACCUGCCCAUGGUUGUCGAGCCGGAGCCGUGGCAGACUUUCGACAAGGGUGGCUUUCUAGAAAGCAAAGCGAGUCUAGUUCGUGUAAAGCAGGGCGACAAGGACCAGAGGCUGUAUAGUGAAGCAGCCAUCGCCCGCGGUGACAUGGACCAAGUCUUCAAGGGGUUGGAUGUCCUGGGCAAAACCGCUUGGCGGAUUAACACCCCAGUUCUCAACGUUAUGCUCGAGGUCUGGAACACUGGCGAGGAGGUCGCGAAUAUCCCGGCGUUGAACCCCGACAUUCCUACGCCGUCCGAGCCUGAGUCCUUCGACGACCCUUCUGCCCGCAGAGCCUGGAUAAGAGCUGUCAAGACAGCUGAGAACGAGAGGGGUGGCUUGCACUCCGUACGCUGCUUCAUGAACUUUCAGUUGGAGAUUGCCCGUGCUUUCAGGAACCAAACAUUCUACUUCCCUCACAACAUUGACUUCCGAGGACGUGCCUACCCACUUCCGACCUACCUCAACCACAUGGGUGCUGAUCACGUUCGUGGCAUUCUUCGCUUUGCCGAGGGCAAAGAGCUCGGCGAGGAGGGUCUCAAAUGGCUCAAGGUUCACUUGUCCAACGUCUUUGGUUUCGAUAAGGCCAGUCUCAAGGACAGAGAAUCUUUCGCUAUGGACAACUUAGUCAACAUUAUCGACUCAGCCACCAACCCGCUUGAUGGCAACCGCUGGUGGCUGAAGGCCGAGGACCCAUGGCAGUGUCUCGCAGCCUGUUUCGAGCUAAAGGCAGCUCUUGAAUCUCCGGAGCCAGAAAAAUACGUCUCUAGUCUUCCGGUACACCAGGACGGUACCUGUAACGGUCUUCAACAUUACGCUGCCCUCGGUGGUGACAUUUGGGGUGCUCGUCAGGUCAACCUUGAGCCUGGUGACAAGCCUGCCGACGUCUACUCUGCUGUGGCCGACAUUGUCAAAGAUCACAUUGCCAAGGACGUGGAGGCGGGCAACCCUUUUGCGCUGGCUAUGGACGGAAAGAUCACGAGAAAGGUGGUCAAGCAAACCGUUAUGACAAACGUCUACGGUGUCACGUUCGCCGGUGCCAAGAAACAGGUCUGCAAGCAACUCGAUUCUCUGUACCCCAACUUGCCGAAGGAGUGUGGCUUCGACAACAUCGUCACCGCAUCUUAUGUCGCCACCCUUGUCUUCAAGGCUCUGUCAUCCAUGUUCCGCGGUGCUCACGAUAUUCAGUACUGGCUCGGCGAGAUUGGUGGUCGGGUUUGCAGGGCUCUGUCAGCUGAACAACUGGAGCGCAUCGCGAACGAUGGAAUCAUGCCCGCGCUAUCAAAGACGACAGCGAAGGCUACCGAGAAGAAGACUUCGACUGACGAACUCUUGGGACAAUUCCGCGCCACUAUCGUCUGGACCACACCGCUUCGCAUGCCAAUCGCCCAGCCGUACCGCAAGAGCGGGACCCGAGUUAUCAAGACAGCCCUUCAGGACCUUUCUCUGACCAUCCCCGAACGCUCCGACCCAGUCCACCGUAAGAAACAGCUUCAGGCGUUCCCUCCUAACUUCAUUCACUCCCUCGAUGCAACACACAUGCUGCUGUCAGCGCUGGAAUGCUCUGAACUCGGACUGGAUUUUGCUGCUGUUCACGACUCAUUCUGGACGCAUGCCUCUGACGUCAACACAAUGAACCGUGUCCUCCGUGACGCUUUCGUCAGAAUCCACGAGGAGGAUGUCGUCGGUCGUCUCGCCGCCGAGUUUGAGGCUCGUUACCGCGGCUCCAUCUACUUGGCAAAGAUCAACCAUGGAACCGAAGUCGAGAAGAAGAUCUCCGCCCUACGAAAGAAGUCGAAGAUGUCGUCCAAAGAUGAGCUUCUGCUAGAGUACAGGAGACAGACGCUCCUCCGCUCCGCCGACCCCGAGCAGAUUGCAGAGGCCAAGAAUAUGGUCACUCCCGCCAGCAUCUUUGAGGAGAUGGCAGCUGCCGAGGCUCUGGCAGAGCCCGAGGACAUGGAGGCCCUCGGCCUCGGCGAGAUUCCCGAGAACGCGGAUGAAGUCGACGUUAAGAUGGAGCUUGGUGCCGACGAGGAAGGCAUCGAUGCCGAGGUUUCCGCCGAUGCCGUUGAGGGAGAAGCCCUCGAGGGCGAGACACCCGGUUCUCAAUUCGCCUCACGAAUGUUGAACAACAUGAAGGAGUCUCACUUCAAGCAACAGGUAAUUUCGGGAGGACGGAGGAAGGUCACAAAGCCCGGUACCAUCGCGGUGUGGCUUCCACUGACGUUCCCCCCAAUCCCCGAGAAGGGCGACUUUGACGUUCAAAGACUCAAGCAGAGCGAGUACUUCUUCUCGUAG